UCUCUCUAAAAUUUCCCACAUUUUAAACAAUCUCCUGGCCAUUCAAAACGCCCCUAGUAAAGAUACCUUACAAUCCAAAUCCCUCGUCUAUUUCAAGAUGCUCUUCUUCUCCUCUCAGCACUCCUUCUCAAACCUUCGAAAUAAAGCUCUUUUGAACCCCAAAACAUGCUCUCUUCUUCGGUCCUCAUCUCUUUCUCUCCACCAAAGACUUUCCACUUCGAUCCAAUCCAUCGGUUACCCACGUCUAAAGCUCGGAUUUUGAUACGUGGGUCGGAAUCAAAAAGGUUUUUUGGCGGCGGGGUUUGGAGGGUCAGGGUUUCUGAUCAGGAAAAGAUGACGGAGGUGGUUGGGAUUGAUGCUUUUAGGGGAGGAAAUGGGAGUGAAGAAGAAGGAGAGGCGAUUCUGAGUGAUGGACCGUCAGGUUUCGAUCGGGUUUCGGAGUUGAGUGGAUUUGAGUCGUCUUUGAAUCAGAUGAGCAAAUGGCUUAUUGCUGCUCUCUUUGGCCUUGUUAUUCUGUGGAAACAUGAUUCCGAAGCUAUGUGGGUUGCAAUGGGAUCAGUUGUAAAUUCAUGCAUUUCAGUUAAAUUGAAGAAUAUACUAAACCACAGGAGACCUGCCUCUGCUUUGAGAUCUGAUCCUGGAAUGCCAUCAUCACAUGCACAGUCCAUUUUCUACACAGCUUUAUUUGCAAUUCUUUCAUUGUUCCAGUGGCUAGGAAUUAACACAUUUACGGUGGGUGCGGGGUCUGCCAUCUUGAUAUGUGGCUCUUAUCUUUCAUGGCUCCGAGUAUCACAGCAGCUUCACACAAUCAGUCAAGUUGUAGUUGGUGCAGGCUUAGGCUCAGCAUUUAGCAUCACAUGGUUUUGGUUGUGGCAUUCGUUUGUGCUCAAAGCAUUCAUUGCCUCCAUUUGGGUUCGAAUUAUUGUAGUCCUUGGAUCAAUAGCAUUUUGUGGCGCCUUCGCUCUCUAUGUGAUCAAGCAUUGGCUCAAUGAUGAACAGUAAACGAGUCUUGACACUCUAUGUGAUCAAAUAUAGUUAUGUUUCCCUUUGAAGAAUUCAUGGGGCAUAGAGGCUGUGGCGAAGAUAGUACCUGGUUCAUGUACAAAUGAGUCUUCUAGUUAAAGUCUCGAUGUGUUGGAUAAGCAAACUAUGAAAAUGAUGGCUGUCAUGGCUAUAUAGAUAACUUCUGCUUUAUACGUCAAUUUGCAACAUAUUGGAGAUUAGAUUCCACAGAAAUUAAGGAUAGUUUUGAAAUAAGAAUUUUUAAUGUUGUAGCUUCAUUGGGUUGUUGAUUACCGGUACUUUUUUGAUUCAGAUGUAAUGAACAAAAGCUUGUCAUUUCAGAUUUUGAUGAUCUCAAUUCUACUUGAGGUCUUAUUUGGA